CCAGCAGCAACAGUACGUCAAGUGAAUCUCAGUUCAUCCACAACAAGACUCCGUCAGCCAACCACCACCACCACUGCCAGAUGAACACGAAAGUGGCUUCAUCUCGAUCUCCACUUAACUUUCUCCGACUUACCCUUUCCCACUCAUUCAGCCAUUCAGCCUCCGUGGAAGAACACAUCACUGCUCCAGCUAAAGAGAUCAGCUCCUUCUCGAACCCUUCACCCACAGACUCGUCUCAAUUUCAACCCUUUCUCAACUUUAUCCACUUGCCCGUCUCAAAUCGCUCCUCAGUCGUCUCAACUUUCUCUCUGGAGGUAUCAUACUUGCACAUCCUCGUGCAAGCGUACUAAACCCCGCUCUUCUCUGGCUACGAUAUUUUCAACAAUCUCAGAGAAAAGGUGUAAAGGUCUCAACUUCCAGCUACCACAAUCCCAGCAGCCAAACUUGACAAUCGUUUUAACAAAAUGAAAAAACUUGAAACUUUGAAAGUUUGACUGAUUAAAUUGGUCGAGUUUAAAUCAACACAGUCAAAAUAAAGUAACAUGGAUUUUCAAAGUGCAAUGGAAACAUUUGCUGAAGCAUGGGUGGCAGCCAACACGGGAAAGUUUUCUUCGGGAGCCGUGGUCAACCCGCUGGCCACAACUGGGUCGCCAUUGGACUUCAACAAAGCAGCCGAGUCAAUCAUCCAACAGCAAUUGGGGAAAGGAGCCGGGCUUUACCCAGCACAGCAGCAGCAGCAUCAACCCAUUGAAAACGGCGGAUUAGAUUAUCCGUCCAAAAUCCACCCGAGGAGCAUCACUCCACUCAGUGCAGUUUUACCGCUUGGUGGUGGUGGAGGUGGUAUGGACCUUUCUCCCUCUUCCAAGAGGAUCAAAUCUGGAUUUUCUCCACCGUCCUCGCAGCAACAACAACAGCCAGCGACGAUCGGAACAAUGGGACACGCUGCCAACUCGGCUGGUUCCUCCAACAGGAAAAUCUCACAAGGGCUUCACCAUCUUCCGGAGUUUGACCACGCUGGUCUCUUCCUUCCUUCAAGUGGACAUCACCCUUCGGCCGCGUCAGUCUCCUCCUCAUCGGCUGCUGCAGCGGCCGCUGUCCUCGUGGGAAAGUCUCUGCCAAUCCAUUGUGUGAUCGAGGUGAUUGACAAGGAGGCUGAGAACUGUUUGGGCCGUGGGAGCGGUCCUUCUUCCUCUGGAGGUGACAACAAUAAUGGGGCUCGAGGUGGAGAUAAGACAGCGUCUGGGAAAAGUGAGACUUGUGGAAGUGGCAUUGGCAACCCUGCCAAUAGUGGUGGUGCUGGUUCGCUUCACGCUGGUGGAGUGAAAAUCGUGGAAGUUGAUGAUUUUGUCAUCAUUCCGGUCGGGACCCCUUUUCAAGACGUUGUUAUAACUGUUCUCACUCUUUUGGGCUAUCCUAAAGACGUCAUACAACAAGCAGAAGGGUCAAUUCUGCUAAAGAAUUGGAAACCCUUAAGAUUGGAUCAAGUGUGUGACUCGCCCCAUAAAACAGUCGGAGACAUUCUCAAUGACCUCACGAAUCAUGUUACACUCCAAGUUCUAGUCACCAGACCCAAAGGAGGACCUGCUGAAGAUCUGAAGGAAAAGUUACUCCGAUUGCUGCUCGCUCAGUCUUCAAACAUUCUCAUGGGAUCGGGCUGUCCAUUAGAUGAGGCAACCUUAGGCCAGUUGGUGAAGGGUCAGUGGCCACAAAAUUUGGCGGAAGAUGUCAAGCGACGAUUUGACCAGUGGUACUCUGUUCAUCAGCAAAAGUUAGCGAUGGGAUCGGAACAGACGCACCCAGCGCUUAGUCACAGUCACCACUCGACCUCGAACUCCCAUCAGAUCCUCUCAGGAAGCAAUGGGAACAACCGUGGCUCACCCACCAAUUUAUCAGUCAACUCAUCAUCAUCCCAUCAACACAGUCAUUUGGUCAAUGGGUCUUCGAUCGUCUCCUCGGUACGCCAUCAUCUUUUAGAUAAGACCGCGUAUGAAGAAGAUAACCACGCUGGUCAUCCGGUAUUCCAUGGUUUGACCACACAAAAAACAAGGAUGCGAACCAGCUUUGAUCCAGAGAUGGAAAUACCCAGGCUGCAACACUGGUUUUCAGAAAACCCACAUCCAUCGAGGCAUCAGAUUCAGCAGUACGUGCGUGAACUCAAUACACUAGAUUGUCGCAAGGAUAGGAAACCUCUUGAUCUCAAUAAUGUCAUAUAUUGGUUUAAAAAUUCAAGAGCAUCCUUUAAAAGAAACGAGCUGCGAUAUAAUGGAUACUCCCCAAAUCAGAGCUUUUCCCAUCUCCACUCUCAAAAUUCAGGUUCGAACCCUCGUCGUCACGGGGAGGACAACAAAGGCGAUGUUCAGUUGCACUCUGGAGACCGUGACGAGCGAGACUUUAGCAACGAAAACUCUGGCAGCAAUUGCCGGGACUCUUGCGAUGACCAUGAUCAAGAUAUGAAGGAAUACCAUAGGGUGGAGAUGGAUGGGGACAAUGAUGAGAGUGAAGAGAGAGCAGAUAAUCAGAGAGAGUCCAUUAGCAAGAGAAAUGAAGAAUGCGGUGGUGUUGGAGAGAAUGAGGAGGAAGAGGACGAGAUAAAAGUGGUGAUCAAAGAGGAAAUACAAGAUGAGGACUUUAUUAGCGUGGAUGUGGAACUCUCCGAAGGCACGGGGGGCAAUUUGAAUCUUACUCCUCACCAAAGUCCAGGUAGUGGUGGUGGAGGUGGUGGAAGUGGUGAAGAAGAGGGUGGAGAAAGUUGCAACAACAAUGAGCAACCUAAAGACCUGAGUUCUGGGAAGCCCCAGCAAAACCAAGAAAAGAACGUUCCACUCAAGAAAAAUGAGGAACAUGAUAAAAAAGAGUCCUCGACUCCCAUAGUCUCAAAAUCCCGUCAUCUACGCCAGCAGCAAAUGGAGCAGCAACAUCAGCAGCAAGAGCACGAGGGUGAAAGUAACUCCAGCUCACCCUCGGUAUCUCCAGCUCCUAGUUCACCAGGAAUGUCGCCCAACCAUCCGUAUGAUUUCUCUGCUCCCUCCAUGGUCAGCCGAUUUCAUCCCUUCUUCGACCAUCACUUCAUGGCUUACCGACACUUUAAUUCCUUCAACUUUGGGCAAAAUUUCCCUGGCUCAAAUGGCCCCGAAGGACAUCACAGUCCAUCUGGAUAUGAGUCCGCAAUGGGGUUGGUGGGACGAAAGAUUUCUCCAGGCAAACCAUCCCCAGGAAUGGAAGCCGCGUUCCAUGAUUUUCAGAAUGGAGUACCAAUGGUCCAAUCUAGAGGGGCGAGCGGAGGUGGGGGGUCCAUGGUUGGUGGUUCCACUGCUGGAGAUCACAUGUCCCGCAUCCGGGGUGAGGACUUGUUUGCAGCCAGAUCAGCCUCCAGUGCAGAGCUAAUUUCCUCAAUUAUCAACUCAAAUCGGGGAGACUUGGGCCUAAGUCCUCUAAAUUUAGGAAGCCAUCAUCAAAACCCAAACUCACUAGCGCUGGACGAACGAAGAAAGCGAAAUAGAACUUUCAUCGAUCCUGUGACAGAGGUACCUCGCCUCGAACAGUGGUUCGCCCUCAAUACUCAUCCCAGCCACAACCUGAUCCUAAAAUACACGGAAGAACUCAAUAGAAUGCCGUAUAGACAAAAGUUUCCCAAGCUCGAACCGAAGAAUGUUCAAUUUUGGAUGAAAAAUCGCAGGGCAAAAUGCAAGAGGUUAAAAAUGACGCUGUAAAUUAGGUCACAGCAACAUCAAAAUUGUUCUCGCUUUGAUAAUUGUAGUUUAUGUAGCCGUAAUUUUUAUCCAUUCCAUACAAUCCAAAGAUCGAAUAUUGAAAUAAUUUAAUUUUAGUAAUCUAAAAAAUGAUAACCUACCUCACACUUUGAACUCGUAAUGUACUUUUACUCAGGGAUGAAUGUCGUGCACAAGUUAUUAUUACAAUUCAGUAUUGCUCUCGUACAAUCUCGAUGGAAUGGAAAAUGAGCGAGUCACUUAAUAAAAUAAUGCAACGUUAUGUAUAAUCAAAAAAGUUAGGCUAACGAGUGGUAGUUUUUUUCAAUAAUACAUAUAUUUACCAAAGUAUAAGCUAAAUGUGUUUUAAACCUUCCUGUUUGAACCAAAGAUUACUUAUGAAAAUAAAUCAACCUUUAUUUGAUCA